GAACUAUCACACCACAUCAUCAUUUCUGGGUGCGAAAGUAUACCAAGCCGACGCGCACAACUAUUCAUCCGAUGACUGGAUGGUGUCCUGUGUGUCGAGACCCCACGUGACAGUGUUUGAACAGGGUGUGUCAAUACGAUCGACAGUAUAGAGGAGUCGGGCCAUAUCCCAGUCAACCAGUGCCAUAUCAGGGCAUAGGACAUAACCAAAAUGGGAAACAAAGAGGUUGAUGUCGAGGAUCGAGGGGGCUGGUCCGGCAGACUGGACUUCCUGCUGUCCUGUAUUGGCUACGCUGUGGGGCUGGGAAACGUCUGGAGAUUCCCCUAUCUCGCCUACAAACAUGGGGGAGCCUCCUUCCUCAUCCCAUACGUCAUUAUGCUGGUACUGGCUGGUCUCCCCAUCUUCUUCUUUGAACUCGCCCUUGGCCAGUUUGCCUCAGAGGGACCCAUCACAGUGUGGAAGGUCAGCCCCAUUUUCACAGGUGCCGGGUACGCCAUGGUUAUCACCAGUGCCGUCGUCGCCAUCUAUUACAACGUCAUCAUCAUGUACGCCAUCUACUACAUGUUUGUCAGCUUCGUCAACCUCGACGACAAACUACCGUGGGAGACGUGCAACAACGACUUCAACACCAAGUUAUGUCGGCGAGAGGCAUUCACGGAUCUGAGUGGCGCUAACGAGACAUUCUCACUCGGCACAUUGUACGAUGAGAAGUUCAACUCCUCAUGCGUGCGUGGAUUGGUCAGCACAGUAGCCAAUAAGACCAUGAUGCCAGACCUGACCUUUGACACCGUCAACUCCACUCUGCUCAAUGGCGCGGGGAAGUACUUCGAGGAAUGCAAGAUCAGGUGGACAACAGCGAGCGCGGAAUACUGGGCACUGUACGUGACGCGGUACCCGGAAUCCGACGGCAUCGGCAGCCUGGGACCUGUGAGUCUGAAGAACAUCAUCUGUCUCCUAUUUGCCUGGAUCCUCAUCUUCUUCUGCCUAAUGAAGGGCAUCAAGUCUUCUGGGAAGGUUGUGUACUUCACCGCCACCUUCCCCUACAUCGUGCUUGUGGUCCUGCUGAUCCGAGGCCUGACUCUGCCGGGGUAUGAGAAGGGCAUCGAAUUUUACAUUAUACCUGUAUGGGAGCGUCUUCUGAAUCCUUCGGUAUGGGGCGACGCAGCGGCUCAGAUAUUCUACUCCCUGGGACCAGGUUUUGGUGGUCUGCUAACGAUGUCCAGUUACAACAAGUUCAAUAACAACUGCUACAGGGACGCAAUAAUAGUUGCGUUAAUCAACUGCGGCACCAGUGUCUUCGCGGGGUUCGCCAUCUUCUCGCUCCUUGGCUUCAUGGCCUAUCAGUCCAACGUGGAAGUGUCCGAGGUCGCCGACGAGGGUGUUGGAUUAGCGUUCAUCGCUUACCCAGAAGGCAUAUCUAGACUUCCGGUUGCUCCACUGUGGGCCUUCCUGUUCUUCUUCAUGCUGCUGACCCUAGGGAUGGACAGUCAGUUCGCCAUGAUGGAGACAGUUAUCAGCGGCAUCUCGGACGUCUUCCCGCAGUAUCUCCGUAAAAGGAAGACGCCCUUCACCUUGAUAUGUUGCAUCAUCGGCUUCUUACUCGGCAUCCCCAUCGUCACCUACGGUGGUUUAUACGUGUUGACGCUGAUGAACUGGUACAGUGGCAGCUACAACCUGUUCGCGAUAGGUUUCUGCGAGCUGUUCUGUAUAUCGUAUGUCUACGGUAUCAAGAGAUUCAUGUGUGACAUUGAGAUGAUGUUGGGGUUCAAACCUAACGUUUACUGGUGGGCGAUGUGGACGGUCCUCACGCCUCUCACAAUACUGUUCAUCAUCAUCAUCAGCGCCUACAACGCAGCUCCCGCCGGCUACAACGACUACACGUUUGAGCCGUGGGCCCAGGGAGUGGGUUGGAUGAUGUCGCUGGUGCCUGUUGCCGUCAUCAUCGUCACCGCCCUCAUACAGAUCAAGAGACUGGGAUUUAGGAACUCCUUAAAGCCCACUGCCGACUGGGGUCCGGCUGACCCCGCCAACAGGACCGGCAGGUACGCAGACAUGGACAGCGUCGACAUCGGCCCUUCACUGGCUUACAUCUCUAAGGUCAACGAGGCGUUCGAGACAGACGACCUUCCCCUCAAGAACGUGAACGGGACCACGCCCCAGGACGAUACCCUUACGAAGGAGGAAUUAAGCUCAUCUUACUCCCUUCGUCUAUAGACUUUCUGACACCUCAAAGUCUCGUUAAGCGUGUACAAAUUUGCAUUUGAGUCCCGAAUUCAAUUCUAUUUAUUAUUUCGUUCCCCUAACCCAUUCCGUAACCUUCAUCUUGUCCAGAAUUCUGAAACAUUUCUCAAAUGCCUCUGAACGUUGUCCUUUAAUCUGGUGUUUAUAUAGAAACAGUUUUAUGUAUACAAUUUCUCGUACAAGCUCACGUAUUUGUGUUUUAGCGUAAUGUGUGUGCACACGACAGUGAAACUCCGUUUGAGCGGACCCUUGUCAAACCAGAAACCUGGCCCCAAGGACAGUUUAUGUCUGAAACGUCUACCAAGACACAAGGGGACAUAACUCCACUCCCGUCCUUCGUAAUUCCGGUAAUUUGUCAAUUCCGAUAAUUUCACAAGGCAUGGUACCGUUUGAUUUACCAAAGUUUUAAUGCAUACGGUCUCUCGCGUUAUUUGAAUGUGGUUAGUGUACGUACAACACUAUCAAUGCAGCUUCCAUCGCCAGUAGGCGUCACUUACUCUAUAUACAGGACUCGCCUUAAUCCGGAACUCGGAUUAAACAGCAUUUAGUUGUAAUGUCGUAACCUAUGGCGUCUAAUGUCGGCGUCUACGGCGUCUAACCAAUAAACCAAUAAACCGAGAGGUGUUUAGUCGUGUAUAAUCCACAUAAUUAAUAAUAAACAUGUCUUUUCAAAAUGUGUGAGAGAGAGAGUUGGGUUUAACGCCGCUUUUAACAGUAUUCCAGUUAUAACACGGCGUGUCAGCUUAAUGUGGGAGGAAAGCACGAAGUGAUGCAGGUGCCAGAUGUUUACCACUUCGGUGAAGCCCACGAGCACGGGUAUGGUGCUGACAAACCUAAAAACAUUAUCAGAGCGAACCGGGAUUCGAACCCACAAUCAUAGAUUUCUGGCGUUCCCAAGCGACGCAACUCUGCACCGCGAAUCGCGACGCCUUAGACGACAGGGCCACGCGUGCCUCCAUCCAAAACAAUAAGAGUUUAACGUGGCAUUGAGAAGUAUUUCCGAAAUAUCGCGGCGCGUCGGUAUGUGGGAAGAAAAUCACAAGUUAUGCGGGUCUUUGGCACGGGUAUGGUUCUGACAAACCAAUGAUCAUAAUGAUGUGAGAUUCGAACCCAUGAUCACAGGGGACAGACACGUCUAAUUGAUGCAACUUCGCGGCGAAUUAGGUGUUUUAGACGUCUGUCCCGAUCAAAUCAACCCCAACCCUCCCCAUCAACCCCCACCCACCCACCUAGAGAACAAUAGUUUUAAAGUUAGUAAGACAAUAUUUUGGGUUAGAAUUUUUAAGAUUUUCUUUUCAAAAUAGGCUAUUGAAUUUUUUUUUAAUUCGAAAUUGAGUUUUAACAAACGCUGCGGUGGUACUCCAUGUUCCUUUAGCAAUACGCGACUAGCCAUUUGUGAAUUGCCUUUUGACAUUUUCUAUGAUUUAUGUCUUUUUAUCUUUGACGAUUUAUCAGACCUACGUUAUUCUCUUUGAGAAAUGGUUCCAGUUAGAUGUAUGCUAAGCCUUAAGUUCUUCCUUCUUUGAGUAUGGAGCGCACCAUACACAUCGUGCAUAAUAGUCAGAACCAGUGUGAUAUCAAUGUUGUUGAAAGGUAAUAAAAAACCAAUUAGAAUAAAUACACUUUUAUGACUUUGACAAAAGAUGCACACAGAUAUAAAUAUUGUAUCACGCAAUAUAUUUGUCGCUAGGUUUCACUGUAAUAAAUGACUCCUGAGCA